AUGUCCCAUACACCGGAGGUAUCUGGAGACGAUUUAGAGAGCCGACGUCCUGACACAGCCGCCUAUACAACCCAUGAGUUUCGAUUGUCAACCACAGGAAGUGAUUCGGAUAACGAGCCACACCAGGAACUAAACCAACCAUCCAAUUCUUCCUAUGUGUUUGAGACCGAGUUCGCUAAUCAUCGUACGGCUUUAAGCGAAGGCAAUAUCGACAAAGCUUUGCACAGUUUUGUCAUGCUGCAAACAAAUAGUCCUGAAAAUGAGACUUUCCAAAAAUAUCUGAUCGAACUAGCCGAUCACAUCGACCCAUCCCGAGAUACCAAUAUGAGUCGUUUCUUUGCCACGCUUCCUACUUUGAUCCAAUCAACCAUCAUUGAAAAUGUUACAGACAUUUUGGAGGAAACGGAUGGAUUACGAGCGUUUCAAGUGUUAUUCGAUUACACUCAAGCUUAUCCUCGUCAUGCAUAUAAAUAUCUGAUUCGUGCCAUCAAAUUAUUACUUGCCUGUGCUCAAAACAUGAAACAGGACGACCACAGAAAGUGCAUGCAAGUAUUAGUUACCGAGCUAUUUCCAAGACUCUGGAAGACAAGAAUAUUGUUGACAAAGGGCGAUAAAAUUCCAUCCGUGAAAUCGACCGACAGCAAGCAUUUUAUCGUAAUUCCCUACAGUCUGUUCGAGCAAUAUCUACUUUUGGGUCAACAGUAUUACAUUGAGCGACGUCAAUGGGACGAACUGAACAAAUUUACUUGUAAUAUGUUGGAAUGCUGCGGAUACAAAGGGCUUGGUCGACUCGGCUUCUUACCUCAUACGAAUCGAUUUCAGCACUUGAAAGAGCAGCGAUCGAAUAUUCGAUUGGAUCGUGAGGAUGACCAGGAACGAAGUAGUUCGCCCGAAACCAACGAAUUGGCGACGUCGAUUGUAUUCAUGUGCGAAUUUAAAGCGGUCACGGCUCAAUUUGUCCAGUUCAGUUACGAAUAUUAUCGCGCUGUAUGUGCAUUGGAUGCUAGCGACAAUGAAAAGACGUGUCUUAUUCCAAUAUGUACAAUCCAACCUUCACUCGUUUCACCUUCGACUUCGAAAACGGUGCUGAUCGAUACAAUGCACCCGGCGCAUGCUCAUAGGAACAUGAAAAAUGGUGUUGAAACGCAACCUGGAACUGACGCUAUGCAGACUACUGAGAGUCGCAGUGGUGUCAGCCAUCGUCGCGAAUCCGACCUUCACGAUAAGAAAGGAAAAUUAACCGUGCCACAGCUUGUUCAUGAUGUCCUUUCCGAUAUCAAGCCGUUGUUGGAUACGGAUGUAAAGAUUUCGAAUCGUGGCGAAGGAUUGAAUGCCUAUUGCAUGCGUGGCGUCGAUGAAGCCCUACAGCUGCUCAGUCGAGCCGCCGAUUGUAUGCGCCAUGUGGUGGAGUUAUGGAAUUGGGCGGUGAGCUCCUCCUCACAUAUCAACUGGGAGAGUAUUUUUGGUGGAUGGGAACAAGAAUUAUGCCGCGUGAUCGAUACUUAUCGGUUACCCUUUGAUAUUUACAAUGCCGUACUUUUGGUCAGAAGUGAUCUGGCCUUGUCUUCGCCUUCUAUCACCGGCAACUUGUCAAAGGCAUUAAAACUGUCACAGAUGAUCUGUGAUCGAAUCGAGGCUCAACGACGGCGCGAGCGAUCGGAGCACGACAAGCAAAGCAAAGAAUUUGACAUCCCUUUCAUGUUUGCUUUCCGUGUGUUAUAUAACAUUGGCGUUAUUUAUUUGCUCGUUGGUAGUCUACAGCAAUCCACUUUAGAAAUCGCCAUCAUUCUUUCGGUGUUCCCCAUCUCGGACAAACUCAGUGAAGUGGAUUUUUUGAUGGAUGAAAUGGAUUGUGAUACGGCCGCAUCGAUCUUUCACGGGCAUGAAUUCGGCAUGAUGAGAGUAUCACGCGAAGGACUCGUAGUGCGGUGUAUCAAGCAUCUCAUUGUCAGUCUCGACAGCGCUUCGGCCCAACGUGGAGGAAUGGCAUCGAUUGAUUCAGCGAUGCGAUGGGACAGCAAUGCGGGCGCGAUGAUGGUAUUGAUGCAAAUAGGCUGGCCUUACUGGAGUUCACGAACCAAUUUUUGGCAACGCAUCGUUCAACGGAUGUGUGAAAAGCACACAUUUAGAAAUCGCGUAUUUUUAGAAUAUGUAUACGUGCCUGAUAUUUUGAACACCAUCAAAAAACUGCAUGAACGUCAGGCCGUUAUGUUUGAUAUCAUUCCACCAGAAUUUGCCCUGCGUAGUAGUUACCGUCAUCUUGCCUCUUCCGCUUCUGCUUCCGCUCCCGGUAAUCUAGCGGCCAAUCACCACCCUAUCCAUCCUUCAUCCUCAUCUGCCACCUCGUCAUUGCCGACCUCUCCUUUGCCUACGCCUGCAUCUCCUCCCAACAGUGAACAUCACCAUCAUGACCAUGACCGUAUAGAAGAUCAUCAGUCACGUAAACUUCCCUCCAUACGUACAUUGCCAUUAUCGGCGGAUCAAGCCGUCGCGCCACGUCCACCGCCCAUGUAUAAACCCUCGUUUACGGAUACUUCGUUGCCGAGCAUGAGUAUGUCGCCUUCGUGGUACACGGCUUCAACGCAAAAGAAUCUUCACAACAAUUGGAUGUCACCUUCAUUCUAUUACAGUCGCGAAGAAGGCGCGCCGGUCAUACCUAAAAAGCGAUCCCAUUCCCACGAAGACGAUACUGGGACUGACGAUGUCGGCGUUUUAGAGUCGAUGCAGCGACCAGUGAUCUCAAACGAUCUUAUCCUUCGGUGUCUGGAGCAUCGUAUGCGACGGUAUUCGCCCAAACUCACCCCGCAGAAACUGCGUCAUGUGGUGCAAAAGUUUUUAAAGAACAUGGUGUUGGAAGCCAACGAAGAAACGGCCUAG